AUGGUCCUCACAGUUCACGCGUCUUCCACCUGUGAUGUCUGUCUCGAACCUUACGAUUGGGAUGACAAUGUUCGAAAACCUCAUUUUAUCAAUUGCGGCCAUGUAUUCUGUGGGACGUGUUUGGAACAUGUCCAACCGAAAAAAUGCCCCCUUUGUCGAGAGUUAUUCACCGCAAGCGAUAUCCAGAGACUCAAUGUUGAUCCUCAUCCCGGUCAUAUUUACCCUCAGCGCAGCGACGUGCAAAUAAAUGGGCCUCAAUCUUUUGACGACCCCGACGAAAUUGUCAAUGAUUUAAUGAAGAAAUUAGUUAUUUCGUACGAUUCAGUAGACGAUGAAUUACUCUCCUCGACGGAUACUUGGCUUCAGGGAAGAGAAUUUCUUGAGAAUUGCCCUGUUCGUAAAGCACGAGCCAUGAUUCAAAACUAUCAAGACUUGAAACAGAGAAAAACUCAAGAUAAAGAAACAAUUAGAAACCUUCGGUCUGCUGUCCAAGAUUCGAGGAGAAAAGCAGAGGAAUGCGCUGCCCGCUUGGAAGAAGAGGUCCGUCGCAAAGAUGACCUUCGACGUCUUAUUGACGAAAAUCAGAAGGAAAUCGAAAGGCUACGAGAGAAGAUCAAGAUACAGGGUUCCUUGUUGGAUCUGAAGGGCAAGAAGAAGCAAUCCAACCCACUUCCAGCUCCUCCUCGACUUGUUGGCGCGUCCACGUUAUUGGCCCACCAACUGCUCCUGGACCGUGCAGCCACCCCUGCUUCAGUUGGCGUCGAUACCUCUUACCCUGUCCGCGAUAUUCACGCGCCCACACCCCGAUACCCAGAUUCACACGCCUGUCCUCCUGGCAUUGUUCAUAGCUUCGGUCUCUUGACUUUCAAUAAUCCUGCGUAUGGCGGUGCUACUGCAAGUGUUGAAAAAUACCAGGGACACAAUCAACCACAAGUCUGUGUACCGGACUUGGGUCCAGGCCAGGUGGUAGAUGAUGCCACUUACUGGACCUGCCCGACAACAACACAUCUGCUGCCAGAGCCUAGGAGUCCAGGAGAUGGUCGGUACAGAGGGCCGAUCGUAGAGCACACGAAAAAGGGGAGAAGUAAACGCCAUAGAGUAUGA